AUGAAGCUAGGAGUGUGGCUAAUGACCGCCACGGUCGCUAAUGGCGAGAGCAGUCGCGGCCCGGAAUUCAAAGAUGUGGACCCUACUUCGCGCUCGGGAUUCGUCAACCCGAUGUUUUCAAUCCAGGCGGCUUUGUCGAAGAUUAAAAACGGUUUUAACCGACCCCAAUUCGUCGAAUAUCAGAGAGAACAUGAGCAACUCUACAAAGAAGUCAGCAGCAGUCAAACUAGAAGCGAUCCGGAGUUCAUCAUGGCACAAGCAGCUGAGCUUGACAGGAAAUUUCGAUCUGAGCCGGAAGGAAAGACAAUUUCAAAGUUUCCAUCGAUGGAUGGAAGCGGCAACGAUCUAACUGGACAGAAACGAGGACAAGUCGGUGAUGGAUACUCUCGACUAGUCCCGGCCGAGUACUGCGUCGUUGAUAAGAAAGGAAAUCCAUCUACCGCUGUCCAAGGCGAGCCCCGAUGCAUUAGCGACUUGUCUUCAGUUGGUAACUACGUUGCUCUUCCGAACGAGCGAGAGAUUUCCCUUCUCUUGGCGGCGACUAACGAUAACGGCGGAGAAGUAACAAUGGAUGAAAAGCGCACGAUGGUCGGUCCUCUCUGGGGACAGUUUGUCACUCACGACAUCAUCCAGACUCCAGACGUUCCAGAUCCAAGAGAGUGUGCCUGCGAGGGCACCGACGAUAUUUGCAAAGCAGUCGAGAUUCCACUUGACGAUCCUAUCUUCACGGAUAGGGACAUUGCUGAAUGCAUGAUCAUCAAACGAUCAGCACCGCAUAUCUCUUCAGAAGGUGCCUUUGUCCGAGAACAGAUGAACCAAAAGUCGGCCUUCAUGGACUUGUCACAAGUUUACGGUUCAACGGAAUUCGAGCUCUCGCAGCUUAGAGACGAUGACGGCAUGCAUCUCAAGUCUCGCCGCGGAAUGCUUGGAGGGCCACAUGGAAAUCAAGGCACGGGAGAUCUACUUGCUUUCACUCAGGACUCGUCAUUUCUCAAUUUCACCCAGCAAUUCGUCCAACACAGCACUUUCAACGACGACAACUUCAAGGACUUCAUCGCUGGUGACAACCGAGUAGAAGAGAACCCUUAUCUCGCCUCUUUCACGACUAUCUUCAUGCGAUACCACAACAACCUCGUCGAUCAACUGAGCGCUCUCAGAGAUGACUGGAGCAACGAAGACGUCUUCCAAGUCGCCAGAUUGAUCACCAUCAGUGUCUACAAAAACAUUCACUACAAAGAAGCUCUUCGAAGCAUGCUUGGAGAUAACAUGAGUCAAGUUGCCGAUUUAAAAUUCAAAAGCGAUACGAAAUCGAGCUCUUCCCGAUCAAUGCAGCGAAUGGAACUGACCGAAGCCGAAUGGGACCAGGGAAAACGACCCUGGAAUCCAUUCCAAACCAGACCCGACAAGAAACGAGUCAAGGCCUGGCGAAUGCGACAAGAACAGGAAAGAUUGGCUGAAGCUGAAGGAUUCGCUAGACGACAAAGAAUGUCAGAACAUCAACCUCCACCAAAGUCGGAGCCAUCAAUCCGAAACGAAUUCGCUGCGGCCGGAUACCGAAUGCACGGUCAAGUUUCAUCCCUAAUGAAGGCGAUGGACCACGCUUGGAAUCCAAUCAGCCACGCUCACGCUGACGAAGCUCACCCGGUUGGUGAACUCAACGAUGAGGAGCAGGCCAAGCUCGCGGCAAAUCCCGGAUCCAGUCUUUUGAAGUUCAACUUCUUCGAUCCUGAGUGGGUCCACCGAAAAGGACCUGGAGGAUGUCUCCGAGGAGCCAUGAAGAUGAAUCAGCUUCGAAUGGAUGGAACCUUUUCUAAAGAUCUUGCUCACAAUCUCUUCAAGCCUCACAAUGCAGCUCAUGGAGUGGACUUGGCCGCCAUCAACAUUGCUCGUGGCCGAGAGCAUGGGAUCGGAUCUUACGGAGCAAUCAAGACCUUCUGCAAAAGUCACGCCGUCUACACGAAGUUCUACAAAAACAUGCAGUCUGACGAGAAUCUUUUCCACUCAAAAGAGCAAAUCAACACCGUUAGAGAUUUUUAUAUUGCAAAGAAUCUGGUCCCCGCAGGUAAGACCCAGGACGAUUAUAUAGAUAUGUACGUUGGCAUGCAACUGGAGAAGCAUAUGCCAGGAGGAACCGUUGGCCCAACCGCUGGAUGCGUUAUUGCCGAGCAAUUUGUCGCGCUCAAGGAGGGCGAUCGAUUCUGGUUUGAGAACUUUGGCGUUUUCAGCGUCGAACAGAUGCUGAAUAUCAAGGAACAAACGCUGGCAUCCGUUUCUUGCUCCACAUUUGAAGCGCGAAAUGGAGCGUCUAUGCUCGACACGGAUCUGAUGGCUAUUAAUCCCUUCCACGUCUCCACAGCAACGGAAAACGUCGCCCCUUGCUCCUCCUUCCCCGGUCUAAACAUCGAUCUUUGGAAAAAAGAUGACCCCGAGAGCGAGCCCGUGCAUACUGCCUGUAAAUUCAACAACAGAGCCAAGGCACUCGAUUGCUCUGGACUCAACUGGGACGAUGAUGACAUCAAGAACUACCUGAAUUCCGUAUCAAAGAGUGGCAAGUGGCCCUUCCAAGGAAGAAAGGACCUCAUCGAGUUCAAAGCAAUCAAACUCGUCCAGCGAAUCACUUUCGCCAACAACAAAAUUACCCAGCUACCACUCAUCGAAAGACUUUGCCAGUUCGCCAAACCUAAGCUUCUCGAAGUUGAUGUCAGUGGCAACCCCGACCUUCAGUUGGAUCCUUCUGCCGUCAGCAAGUUCACCAACUAUCCACUCCUCGGCCACAUCAACUUCGGCGACAAUGGCUUCGAAUGUGUCCCUGUCUUCGUCCUUUCGAAGCUUUCCGACAAUUUAAGUAAGAAAAAUCGUCAAAUAUUCUUUUCGUCUAAGGCGAAGCUCCCUCUCCGAGUUAUGAAAUUCUAA